CAACUCACGUGAGCGGAAAUGUUCACGGCACGCUGGUAUCGGCCAGGCAACCACCCUCUUAAUCUUUUUUGGUGGCUUUAAAGCUUGUUUGACAUUUUACCACAAGUUUAAAACUAUGUCUAUGACCCAAAUUGUACCGGGUCAAUUUGAUGAUGCAGACGAAACAGAAGGUUCUGCCAACAUACAACCAAUAGCGGGGAUCCCUACAUUGAAGUGCCAGGUGGAACGAAAUCAUCUGGAAACGUCAAUACAUUCCAUGGCUGAAGAGGAGGAGGAGGAUUAUGAUGAUGAUGAUGAUGAUGAUGAUGAAGAAUGGGACUGGGAUGAGUCAGGGAUGGACUUGACAAAACGCUACACAGCCAACAGAACAGGAAUGAAUCACCAGGCAAAUAAACAAAACUCCACAAGCAAAUCACAGCAACUUUCAACCCCCACUGACAAGGCCUUGAGAAAGUUUGAACACAGGAUAAACCUAGAUAAGCUCAAAUAUGCAGAUUCUGUGACCAACAAAGUGACUAUGAUGCAGAAACAACGGGACGCUGGCACAUAUCGAGUAAAAGACAAAUCAGAUCGGGCUACAGUGGAGCAGGUCUUGGAUCCACGGACUCGUAUGAUUCUGUUCAAAAUGCUGAGUAGGGGGGUCAUUUCUGAGAUAAACGGAUGUAUUAGCACAGGAAAAGAGGCAAAUGUUUACCAUGCAACCACUGCAAAUGGUGAGAACAGAGCCAUCAAGAUAUACAAGACCUCGAUCUUGCUGUUCAAAGACCGUGACAAGUAUGUCAGUGGAGAAUUCAGAUUCCGGCAUGGUUACUGUAAAGGAAACCCUAGGAAGAUGGUGCGAACUUGGGCAGAGAAGGAGAUGAGAAAUCUUAUCAGGUUGCAGACGGCAGAGAUCCCAAGUCCUGAGCCAAUUAUGCUGCGAAGCCAUGUUCUUCUCAUGAGUUUCAUUGGAAGGGAUGACAUGGCUGCUCCCCUUUUGAAAAACGCAGCUUUCUCGGAGUCCAAGGCUAGAGAGCUCUAUCUUCAAGUGAUCGAGAACAUGCGAAGGAUGUACCAGGAUGCUCGACUGGUCCAUGCGGACCUCAGUGAGUUCAACAUGCUGUACCACAACGGGGAUGCGUACAUCAUUGAUGUGUCACAGUCAGUUGAGCAUGACCACCCCCACGCUCUGGAGUUCUUGCGUAAAGACUGCACCAAUGUUAACGACUUCUUCCUGAAGCGUGGGGUAGCUGUGAUGACCCUGCGAGAGCUUUUUGAAUUUGUCACUGACCCUUCAAUCACAAGCAGCAACAUCCACCUGUACUUAGAAAAGGCAAUGGACAUUGCGUCUAAGAGGACGGUAGAGGAACGAUCCAAUCAGGAAAGCGUGAAUGAAGAGGUGUUUAAGAAUGCCUACAUUCCGCGUACGCUUACAGAAGUGAGCCACUACGAACGUGAUGUUGACACCAUGAUGAACAUGACAGAAAAUGAGUCCUCACUCAACAGGCAGAAUGACAAUAUUCUCUACCAAACAGUGACAGGCCUAAAGAAGGACCUUUCUGGAGUUCAAACGGUACCUGCUCUUCUGGAGCACUGUGACGUGCUGGAGAACUCAGAGGACGAGAGUGACGAUGACGAGGAUGAGAGCGAGGAUGAGGAGAGCGAGAAAGAUCAUGAUGAUAAAGGGAAGCCAGAAGAUGAGUCACAGAUGGAUAAGAAGGAAAGGAAGAAAACAACCAAAGAAGCCCAGAGAGAAAAAAGAAAAAACAAAGUACCGAAACACAUAAAGAAGCGGAAAGAGAAGGUUUCCAAAACAAAGAAAGGCAAAUGAUGGAGAAAGAAAUGAGGGAAACCACGGACACACCUGUCUCAUCCACAAGAGCAAAAACGGACUCCUGUCUCACUGCAUGGCCUUAACUAUAAUGUAAAAUGAUCCAUGACUUGUGUGAUGGUUGGUUUGUACAGAUGUGUUGGGUAAUACACAUUUUAGUGUAUUACUCUGAGUCCAUAUUAGGGUUUUUACAUCAGUAUUUUGAUUAGAUAAAGGUAAAAUAUAUGUAAGAAACAAAAUAAA